AUGUUGAGUCCUUAUACUUUUGGAGCGCCAUAUUUUAAAGAUAGCGACUAUUUUCCAGGCCCAGUAAAUGUUGAAACCAUCAGGAUACGUGAAAAAAAUAUUUUAAGGUACAUAAACUUGAAUUUGUCAAACCAAUGGACACUUAGAGAAAAAUCAAAAUUGAAGCGUGCAAUAAAAAGGCAAGUGGGAGAUGAUUGUUACAAUGAAACUUCGAUAGAUUGGCAUAAAAUUGCUGCCUUGAAUGUUCCUCAACAUUCUGUAGAUGAAUGCAAGGCAAUGUGGAAUUUAGUUUUACAUCCGAACUUAAGUAAAGCGAAAUGGUCAAAAUCAGAAACAGAGAAACUUAUAAAAGCUGCAGAAAAACAUAAGUUUCAUAAUUGGGAAGAAAUAGCUAAAGAUCUUAAUUGUGGUCGCUCACAUCUACAGUGCUUUAUACACUUUCAUAGAGAAGUAAUUCCUGCAAGUAAUGCACGAUGGUCACCUGUAGAAGAACAGAAAUUAUUAUCAGCAGUUGAAAAAUUUAGAGUAGGUAACAAUUUUAUUUCAUGGGGAACUAUUUGUCAGUUUUUUGACUUCAGAACUAGAGAACAAAUCUAUUCAAAAUUUUUAACAAUUAAUCCUAACAUAAAGAAGGGACGUUUUUCUGAAGAAGAAGAUUGUGCAAUCAUUGCUGCUCUAAUAACGUACAAUAAUGACUUUAAAGCCAUUCCAAUUGAAGAUAUACUUCCAGGAAGGUCUUUGAAACAAAUAAAAGUUCGAUAUAAUAAUACACUAAAACACACAAAUUCUCCUGUGCAAGCUUGGGAUUGUGAGAAAGAUAUCCAACUAUUAGAAUUAGUACAACAACAUGGAAGAAAAUGGUCCAAAAUUUCUAAAUUGAUGGAUUUUCGUACAGGAUCUAGCUGCCGUCAUAGGUAUGAUUUGUUGAAAGACUUCAUUGAUGAAAAUCCAGGAGCAACAGUACAAGAUGCUCCCAGAAAACCUAGAAUACCUAAAAGAGGGCCUGUUGGUAAAAUUCUCAAUAAAAUUGAUGAAAAACUUGAGAUUGAAAAUCCACCUUUAAGCAAUGUUGAAUCGUCUAGUUCAAUUGAUUUGGAAAUAUCUCAAUAUUUUGGUCAAUUGGAUUAUUAUAAACAUAUAAAAGAUCGACAGACGAAAACAGUGUUUAAUCUAUCUGAUUUAAACUCAAUGAAAAAUAUGGUUUAUGAUAUUUUACAAAUAUUUGGUGUAAAAUUAACACAAGAUACUAUUAAAAAUAAAAUAUCAAAAACUACAUUUCAUAAUUAUACAGAAACAGAGAAACUAUUAUUAAACUAUAUGAUUGGGCAUUAUACUGAUCCUAUUUAUAAUGAUUCUGACAAUGAUUCUAUUGAAGAAGAUUGGCUUAUUCCCACAUCAUCAAAACUUAAGAGAACAUCGGGAGAUGCUGAAUUUUGUUAUGACCCAUUAGCUAACAAAAAAAUCAAGACAUAUAGUCGGAAAUGUAAGAAUGAAAAAACAGAAAUUAAUUGUGAAGAUGAUUCAAUAAGAAAUGCUACUUAUGGUUCAAUUUCACACACUUUAUUACCACCAAAUUCAUCUACUUUGUUAGGCCUGCGAUCAUUACUGAUAUAUAAGAUAUCAUAUUAUUAUAAUAAUAGAGAUAAGAUAAUAUUCAUCAUAACUGUAAACAUGGUGUCUAUUAGUAGAUUCGAGGAAGGAACACAAACACUCUUGGAUUUUGAAUGA